CGAAUCAUCAUCAGCCUCACGUUCAGAAGAUGAAAGCUCGAAUUUGAACAGAUUCAACCCUCUUCUCUUCUGCAAAACACAUUCUCGAAAGUUCUCAUCUAUCUCUCCGGGCACUACCACUACCACCAGAACAGCUCGUUAACAGGUCAUAUCUCGUUUUGUGUCUGCGACAAUUCAACCAAGAGUUGUUCAAAGAACGACCGGCAUACCGGCAUCUUAGUUUCUUGAAAUUCGUUCACCGCGACCCAGCCAUCAAUGUCUGGUCCUCUUUUCGGCAUCGUUCCGGCCGGUCAGCCUCUGCUGACGGACCCAACAUCGGCGCCCUCAGAAACCUCAUUCCUCUACUCCAUAUCCGCUGCCCGGCCCUUCUCUCACGUCACAGUGAUGCUGCUGCCGGGCGUCGUCCUGCCCACGGACACCGCUGCAGCCAUCUACUUCGCAACGGCUGCAGAUGUCGCCGCCGCCGCCGCCACGGGCCAAACGCCAAACUUCAAAUUCCUUGGCGGUAUAGGGACGGGUAAAGAAAGCGCCACCUUCAAGAUCAAUGCUGGGGGCAACUCGAACAAUUGUGGCGCGGAUCCCAAUAACGGGAGUGUCAUGAUUGGCGUCUCCGUCGAGCCGGCCGAGUCAGUAUUCUCGCGCAUCCAAGAGCUCUCGGUGAACCGGUCAUCGCAGUCAGGGGCUGCUUCCCAGCCGUCGACGCAGCUCUUGGCGCAGAACAUCAUCAAGAAUGCCUUUAAUUUCCUUGCGAGUUUCAGUGGCACAGCCGGCCCUGGUGGCGUCGAAGUUGUGCCGUUGAAAGCGUUCGAGGAGUGGUGGAAGAAGUUCGAGAGCCGUGUCAGAUCCGAUCCCAGUUUUCUCGAAAGACCGCAGGAUUAAUGCCGCCGAUUCACGUCUAUAUAGUCAUUCUAGCCGAUACCCUCGAGAAA